CCGCUAGUAUUUAAAUGUCCAAUGCCUGGACCUAGUGCAAACUACGUCCCUUUCUCCUCACUUUCCCUUCAAAAUAAUUUUGACCAUCGGAAUGAGAUUACCCUCGUAUAGAUCAUCCUACAUGCAUCGUUACCACCCGUACCCUCGGAUGGGCCAGCGUAAAAUUUCAAUGCACACUACUGAGGACAACGCUUUGUUGCAGAUCGACAACCACAACAUCGAAUACGAGGAUACCCUCGAACCCGACGCUCUCCCUGGUAAUGACGAGCAAGAGGAAAAUCCCCCGAAUCUUUUAGAAGCAGGCGCUGGAUUUCGCGUCAGGCGUCGGAAACUGACGACAUUUAUCAUCGUCGUUUUGUUAUUCGUAGUAAGGAAUCUCGCUUUCAACGCCCAGUAGUCGCGCCACGUUUCACAUCUUUCCCGGUUCACAUCUUCACCGUCAUUUGUCAACUCUGUCAACUUGUAUAUCACCACUUGUAUAAAUGUAACAUACACUUGCUUAC